CUCGGCGCAGCGUAGAACGGUGCUAUAACGACCUAAUCAGUGAAGCUGAACGCAGAGUAGACAUAUCUCAUCGGCCCAACACAGCUCCACAGCGCUCAGAGUGUCCAAAGCGCCGCCGACGCCGCUGUACUGCCGUAACUCCAAGAGACCACAAUACAGAGCUGCAGAGCGCGACGAAAGAUGGCCGACUUCUCCUUCCUCGACGCCAUCUGCGGCGACGACAGAGAUGUGAUAGAGGAGGACCACAUACAACCGAACCUCACGAGCAGCAUCCUCAACGCGGUGCAGGCCCCGCACGCCAUCCUCGACGUCCCCGAGAACGCGCCACCGUGGGUCGCGCGCGAUAGAUUGCGGCUGAACUGCGUGCGAUUACUAGCGAGGCAGGGCGUGUUUUCAAGAGCACUCACAAAUAAUCUAGGCAAAAAACCACCAAGAGCGCACGCUGCUGCCCUCGUGGCCCACGCUUUACUGGAUGCCAAAGCAAGGCGCACGUCCGGUGAAUUGGAGAGGCGGAUGUCGUCAUUAGUGCACGACGGCGCGUUCGACGGCGGGCCCUGCGAUCUGCUCCACGUUUUAAGGCCUUUGACUCAAAAGCGCUCUUCCCCAAAACGCGCGUCCACGAUGAUCGCGGUGCGCUGCGUCGGCGCGCGGCGGGCUCUUGUCGCGGCGCAAGGUCCUUCCGUGGGUCCCGAGCCGACGGCGAUGGACCUGAGAUUUGACUUCGAGGUGCGCUACUGCGGGCGCACCUCAGUCGCCAGAGGCGUGUCCGGCGCGUUCCUCAAACGAAGUCUAUCAUUGAUAUUAACGAGGGAGCUCGCCGAGCUGUUGCGGGCGGACCCCGACAGCCACGGACGCGUCGCGAAGCUCUGCGCCGUUUCAUCUCCGAUCGACAAGGCCUGCCGCUCGCGCCAACCCGAGGCGCCGUCAGUGGCGGGCCGUGUUAUCGCAAGGCGGCUCCAAUCGUUGCAUCGGGCUACCGCCGUGUUAUUGAGGGCCUACAGCCCCAUGCUCCUGGAGGAGGUGCUCCAACUAGAUCCCGAUCGCGUGUGGCGCGAAGAGGAGCCGCGCGUCGCGCGCUUAUUAGAGGCCGGCGAUUCAAAGUCGAAAGUGCUCUACCUCGUCGACGAACGGUGGCUCGCGACCUGGCGCGCCUGGGCCUUCUGGAGCCCGCCAAAACCUAGUGACGGAGUACCAGAAACAAAAGGCGGCGACCCCGAGCUGCCUCCAGUACCGCCGGGCCCGCUGUCGUCAUCUCGGUUGAAGAGUGACGGUUUGAAGCUCGGCGCCGACUACCGGGCCGUCGGGCCGUCGUUGUAUGCCUAUUUGGUCCUGUGCCACGGCGGCGGCGGCGUCCGGCUGCCGCGCGCGCGGGGCGCGGUGGAUCUGUACGCUUUGCCGGCGGAGCAGGCGCCGUGUGUCGCUGCUAGCGUGGUUGCGGCGUUCGUGUCCCGACGGGCGCGCCUACGGCGCAAGCCGGCGCCUCCACCGAAGCCGGCGCCGCCGCCGCGCGUCGAGGAGGACGAGUCCGACGCCGACGAGACGACGUGCUUCGGUGGACAGCGUCAGCGGGAACCGGGCUCCGUCGAGAUGGGCGAGCUGCCGACGCUGUCGCCGCUGCACGAUGCGCUGCCGCCGCGCGGCGACGCGAGCGACGCGGAGUGGCCGUGAUGAGUAAUCUCUGUUGUUGAUGAU